AAAAAAAAACCCACAAACGCACACUCUCGAAGUCUCUCACCCACUACUCUCCUCGCAAGAAAAGUGAAGUUCUUUAGUUUUUUUUAUUUUUGGCCUACUCUUUAAACUCAAACUCUAUAAUUCUCAAUCUUUAUUUCUUUAAUGAUGGAUCGUCUUCAUCUCUCUUCCACCAUUGUUUCUCUCCUCUUCAUCUCUCUCUUUUCAGAAGUGAACCCAGCUUCUUUCAAAAUCGUCAACAAGUGCCGCCACACGAUAUGGCCCGGCUUUUUAUCCGGCGCCAAGACAGCUCAGCUUCCCACGACGGGCUUCGUUCUUAACCCUGGCAAAUCAAGAACCGUAACAAUACCCACGUCUUGGUCCGGUCGACUCUGGGGUCGUAACCUUUGCGGCCAAGACUCCUCCGGUAAAUUCGCUUGCCUAAGCGGGGACUGUGGCACCGGUCAAAUUGAAUGUUCCGGAAGUGGAGCCAAGCCGCCAGCCACUCUCGCGGAAUUCACGUUAAACGGUGACCGAGGAUUAGAUUUUUACGACAUCAGCUUAGUCGACGGCUUUAAUUUGCCUAUGUUGGUCGUGGCCAAGGGAGGCAAAGGCGGGAACUGUAGCGCCACGGGUUGCUUAUUGGACCUCAACGGCGCUUGUCCUUCGCAGUUACGUGUGAUGCGUCCGGGUGGUGCUGGCGUGGGGUGUAGGAGCGCGUGUGAAGCGUUCGGAGAUCCCGAAUACUGUUGCACCGGGGCGUUUGGAACGCCUGACGUGUGUCGACCAUCGGCUUACUCGUUAUUUUUCAAGCGUGCUUGCCCACGCGCGUAUAGCUACGCGUAUGAUGAUGUUACUAGUAUUUACACGUGUGCGGGCGCUGAUUACGUCAUCAUAUUCUGCCCGCCUCCUUAUAGCAGUCAAAAAGUGUUUGGUGCACGGAAAGAUGGAGCACUGCUACCACUUGUGAGUAAGAGUAUGAUAUACCUAUCAAGCGUACAUGCAAAUGGAGCUUCAUUAUCAGGUCUGCUCCAAGUGCAAUUUACCGCUCGUGCAGCCUCUUCUGCUAUGGUUCUUUUCCUCUUUUGGCAACUUAUUUUCCCAUUGUGACUAACAUUGGUCUGGACACUUCCAGGCAAGUAGUAGCAAGAUCUAGCUGAAGAUAAUGCGUUUCUAUCCUGCUCUUUGCUGUACCAGUUCUCUGCCAGCAUCCGAUGUUUAUCGCUCGAUAGAAAGAACUGCAACAUAAAAAUGAAGAUUGCCUACAGCUAUUGGGGUUUCCCGUUUGCCACAAGAAAUGUUGUAUAUAGUUAUCUCCCUAUACUUGUUUUUUGAUCUACUGGUACACGAAUGUUUUAAAUUUUUACUUUCAACGUAAUACAUGUAAGUUUUAGCAAUGUGGAAUUCUGAGCAACAGGAAUCUGUUUUUUUUUUUUUUUCUUUUCACUUUGAUGAAAAUUGUUUCUUAGAACAGGUACUUGUACAUGGAUUAAACAUGAUCUUCUGAAGUGUUUCUGGUCUCUGGGAUCCUGCGAUCCUGCACUACGUUGUUGGGAACUUUCCCCUCAUUUUAAACUUGAAUGGCUGACGCAAUUCAAUUCUUUUACGGAGAAUGAAAGAAAAGAUACAGGGGAGACUUCGUUGUGGGCUUCCUGACCAUACGUUUUAAGACUUCGUUGCUCUAGUGGUGGCCCAACUGCUUUGGAAGUAUGGCAGGACCAAGGAAUGUAAAAGGGAGGGACCUGUGGGCUACCUGCGUCCCAGCCUAGAGGACCAGAAUCCAGCAAUGGAGAUUUUUAAGAAAUUGGAUUUUAUUUGUGCGCAGAAAGUAUUCUUAUACUGAGAAUGAUUGAUAGUAUAUCCAUGUAUGUUGAUCGGAUAGGUAAAGAGGAUGGUCGAGGAGAAAAAAUGGGAUGGGUUGUGGGAACCUGAGUUGCUGAUCCUGAAACUGAAACUACGUAUCUGACACUAAACAGGAUUCGUAUUUAAUAAUGGAGAGAUAGCUCCAAUUAAAUCUUCAAAGUUUAAACUGAUACAUUUAAAAAUGCCAAAUCCCCAUCAGUAAGUACUUUUUAGUGGUGCCCUCUGACUGUGAGGGGAAACCUGGCCUGACUCCACAUGGAGUUGGCUGGCACCCCAUGCAAAUUGCUCACAUGAGCUGUAGCUAGCAAUGACAAUGCUGGACUGGACCAGUCAAGUGUUGCAUCCCUACAACUCUCAUCUUCAAGAUUGCGUCAAGCAUUCCAAUGGGUCCACGUUAUCCGUGCCUUAUUUAACACCAUAGAUGUGAGAUGUCUAACAUACUCUGAGAAAUUG